AUGUUGAUGACGUCUUCUGCGAGCCGCGAGCUUGCCGGCGUCAAUUGCGACCCACACCGGGGUCGGGCUGGAGCCCCAGAUACGGUGCGCGGAGGCGUGGACCACGUCGAGACGGUAUACAGGAGGUCAGAAUGGUCACACGACUACGCGACUCAGAGGAUCUCAUACCGAGGCAAACUCGUACAGCUCGGCAAUCAUAGCGACGCACUCGAGCUCUUUGCAAAACGUCUUCAGCAGUCUGGAGGCCCAGUGCGCUUUUAUUGCGGACUCCCGACAUGGUGUCCGGACUCUGAUUGUGAUCUUGACCUGCACGACCUUCAUGACCUGAAAUCACGAUUUCUGGUCUUCAUCCACGGCUUGAUUGAAUCUCUGGCCGCAGCUGGGAUCCCAGCGUCCUACCGUCUAGCACCUACCAGCUCGCCUCUCUGUGUUGUCUGUGCGCUUCCUCCCCACCUCGAUGGUCCGCAGGCGAAACGGAUGACUCUUCAGGCAGCCAAGGACGCCAAGCUCACUGGCAGGGGCAAGGUGCUCUUGACCGAAUUGGAGCACGGCUCUGCGCUCAUCAUCAGCUGA